AUGGCCAACGGAAACAUCUUCAGACUGGUGACUUGGGCGCUCACCAUCCCCAUCGUUCUCUUUUAUGUCCUCUCUCUCGUCGGCUGCAUCUCCAACUCCCCCGGAAUCCCCGACAUCUUCCUCCUCAAGCUCACCACCCCCUUGACCGAGACGCCGUACCAGGUGCGGGUCGGCUACUUCGGGCUGUGCGCCGGCUCGGACGACGCCAAGCUCUCGUGCCUCCCGUCCUUCUCGCUGGGCCGGGCGCCAGGCACGACCGUCUUCAACACGACGCUGCCGGCGGAGCUGACGCGGCUGGUGGAGCUGGGCCACGAGGUGCAGGUCAAGGUCAUCUUCUUUGUGCCUCUGCUGCUGGCGUCGGUGCUCUUCUUCGUCUCGACCGCGACCGUGUUCCUGUGGCGCAACGUGCCGCAGAUCUCGCCCAUGGCCGCCACGGUCGCCUUCCUCAUGCACAGCCUGGCGCUGGGCCUGCUGCUGGCCGCCGCCACCGCCGUCAGCAUGGUAGUCAACGCGCUGCACUUUGCCGUCGUUGAGAUCACGCGCGGCCAGAACGAGAUCAACGUCGAGGGCGGCCGGGCCCUGCAGACCUUCCAGUGGCUGACCGUCAUCUUCAGCUGCGUCUGGCAGGUCUGCAUCCUCAAGCGGUACAAGGCCGACAUGGCUGGCGGCAAGCGCUUCUGA